AUGAAACGAAAGCCGCGCGACCCGAUUCGCGACAAGCUGGUCAACGAAAGACUGAUCUCGCUCGCCUACGGAAUGAUUGGAAUCAUACAAGCAGCGGCCGGUUUUUUCACUUACUUGGUGAUCAUGACCGAAAAUGGAUUUUGGCCGUCAAAGCUGAUGGGGCUGCGUGAAGAGUGGGACUCGAGGGCAGUAAACGACCUCGAGGAUAGCUAUGGGCAGCAGUGGACAUACUCUAACCGUAAGGUACUUGAAUACACAUGCCAUACCGCGUUCUUUGCCUCCAUAGUCGUCGUUCAGUGGGCUGAUCUGUUGAUUUCAAAGACGCGUCACAAUUCAUUGGUUCAUCAAGGCAUGGGCAAUUGGACAUUGAAUUUUGGCCUCCUUUUUGAAACUUUUCUUGCCGGAUUCUUGGCCUAUUGCCCGGGGCUCGACAAAGGGCUGAGGAUGUACGGCCUUAGGUUCUCUUGGUGGUUUCCUGCCCUUCCUUUCGCCAUCCUGAUCUUCGUCUACGACGAAAGUCGUAAAACAAUUAUCAGAAGAAGGCCGAACGGGUGGUUCGCGAAGGAAACCUACUACUGA